AUGGGCAAGACCAAAGAGCGGUCAGACGACACCAGAGACCAAACUGUGGACCUCCACAAGGCUGGAAAGGUCUACGGGGCAAUUGGCAAGCAGCUUGUAGGUCCCUACACCCCACAGUCUUCUUCAGCUGCACCCCUGGAGCUGAGCCCAUUGCUACUGUCAACACCUGCUGAUUAUCUUCCACAAGGUUUAUUCGAGGAGGUGGAGAUCAGCUCUUGGUCAUCUGAAGAUGUUAAGGACUCUGCCGUGGCCGCAGCCUUCUCCCUGGAUCACAGCUAUCAGUCUUCUGGUAAGAGCAGCAAGCACUGCCCCCUGCAGUCAGCAAAGGCUAGUGACGUGGAGGCCAAAUGCCCGGAUCGCAGCCAGAAGCUGCCAUUGGAGGGCACCUCAAGAUCUGGAUUUAGGAGACGAAUUCGAGGGUAUGGAGCAAAGAACAAAGCCAGGAAACUGCAGGCGCGCUCCACCACAUCCAGGGAUGACAUGGCGAGCUCCGGUCAUGACACAGGGACGGUCCAAAGGUCCCGCACAUUCUCCCGGCUGCAGCAGCUUAGGAAGAAAUGUGUGAAUGGAUUCAUCAUGUUCUGCAGGUUAAACAGGCGUCUGUACCUGAGUGCGCACCCGGGCAAAGCAUCGACCACCGCAACCAAGGAUCUGGCAGAGCUAUGGAGAGUGAUGUCAGCCCGGGAGAGGCGCCCAUAUUGUAUGAAGGCUUUGCAGUUCAGCCUGCUGAAUGAUCGUUUGGUGAAGAGCGGCUCCUCGGGGCUCCCACAUGAGAACGUCUCUCCGCCAAAACCUGUGUCCGUGCUGCUGGCAGAGAAAGCUCGAUACCAGGAAGUGAUGGAACCUGGGGCCCAAGAUGCAACAACUGAUGACCGGAGCACCUUGAUGUGAUCAUCUAAAGACCAUAUUACCUGCCGAUGACUAGAGUCCCCCCAUAUUACCUGCCGAUAACCGGAGUCCCCCCAUAUUACCUGCCGAUAACCGGAGUCCCCCCAUAUUACCUGCCGAUGACCGGAGUCCCCCCAUAUUACCUGCCGAUGACCGGAGUCCCCCCAUAUUACCUGCCGAUGACCGGAGUCCCCCCAUAUUACCUGCCGAUGACCGGAGUCCCCCCAUAUUACCUGCCGAUGACCGGA